UCUUCGCUUUUGUCCUAACGCAGCUAUAUAAGAUUGAACCGUCGAACAAAACGUCUCAUAUGACCAGAAUCAGAGUUUAGAGUUUGUACACGUGCGCCACAGAAGCUGCUCUGUGUUGUAUCUGGACUGAAGGUGCAGGUUGGACGGAGCAGACAUCCUGCAGCUGCAUCCUCCUCAUCUUUAGAGCUUUCCUCGUCACGUGACCCGCUCACUGUCUGCGCCUGCGAACCACAGACAUCAGCGAAAUGGAGGACUGUGAAUCUAAGGAACCUGAGCAGCUCAGGAAACUCUUCAUCGGGGGGCUGAGCUUUGAGACCACGGAGGAGAGUUUGCGGGCCCAUUUUGAGCAAUGGGGAAGCCUCACGGACUGUGUGGUGAUGAGAGACCCCAGCAGCAAGCGAUCGCGGGGGUUCGGCUUCGUAACAUACUCCUCGGUAAUAGAAGUCGACGACGCCAUGAAAGCGAGGCCGCAUAAAGUAGACGGCCGCGUUGUUGAACCCAAGAGGGCGGUGUCCAGAGAGGACUCCAACAAACCUGGCGCCCAUAUGACGGUGAAAAAGAUCUUUGUUGGUGGGAUCAAGGAGGACACCGAGGAGUAUCACAUCCGGGAGCAUUUUGAGAAAUACGGGAAGAUCGAAUGCAUCGACAUCAUGGAGGAACGCUCCACUGGGAAGAAGAGAGGAUUCUGCUUCGUCUCUUUUGAUGACCACGACACUGUAGAUAAAAUUGUUGCUCAGAAGUUCCACUCAAUCAACUCCCACAAUUGUGAGGUCAGGAAAGCUCUGUCAAAACAGGAAAUGUGUGCUAUGUCCAGCAACAGAGACAGGAGUGGAGGAUCCGGAAACUUCAUGGGCAGAGGGAGUAAUUUUGGAGGUGGUGGCAACUUUAGUGGCAGAGGUGGCUAUGGCGGCGGCAGAGGGGGUUAUGGUGAUGAUUUUGACAAUGGUCCAGGAGGAAAUUAUGGAGGAGGUCAAGGUUAUGGAGGAGGCCGAGGGGGCUACGGAGGUGGUGGCCCAGGGUACGGCAACCAGGGAGGAGGAUAUGGGGGCAGCUGCGAUGGAGGCUAUGGAGGUAACGGUGGAGGUUAUGGAGGAGGUGGAAAUUACAAUGAUUUUGGAAACUAUGGUGGACAGCAGUCCAACUAUGGGCCCAUGAAGGGAAACAACUUUGGUGGCAGAAACUCGGGUGGACCCUAUGGAGGCGGCUACAACUCUGGUGGUGGCGGCGGCGGUGGCUACGGCUCGCGGCGGUACUAAAUAUUUCAUGUUUUGGCUUCAGUUCUUAGCAGGAGAGGCGAGGAGGUGAGCAAAGGAAUGGUCAGGAAAGCUGCAGGUUACUUUGAGGCAGUCAUCUGAAAGCAUUAGAGGAACACACAAGUCAGACUUUACUGAAUCAAGAAGGACUGUAUACACAAGACAUGAGUGCAGAUGAUACCCUUCCCUAAUUGUGAUAGAUGUUUCCCGAUGAAGACAUUUUCCUUUUGUGCGCUGAAGUGUGUGUAUACUGUGCCUAUGGUAUCAGGAGUAAAGAUGAAAUUGUUGUUAUUUCUUUUUAAUUUUAAUUUUUUUUUAAGUCAGCUCUUAACACAUAUUCUUUUUAAAUGGAUAGUUUUCUGCUGGGCAAUAUAUUUGGAACUGGUUUUUGUCAAAUCAUUUAGUUGAAUCAGGCCCUCAGAUGAGCUAGAAUUACACCACUUUGCUUUCUCACAUUAUUAUGAGUGCUCAAUUCCAAGUGUCAAGUGUAUUAUUGAUUUUUCUUGUAUGUGAAGCACAGUAUGUAAAUGGUUCGUAGUACCAAUGUCAAACUCAUAUAAGCAAUCUGGAUUAGAAUUUAGGGAAUCCCUCACUCUUCUUGUUCCUAGCAAACCGAAUUCUAGAUUUGUUCAAAUAUUUUGAUUGGUAGAAAAAGAGUGAAUAAAACUGUGUAGUAAAGUAA